GAAAUGCGCGUUCGCGCUCGCUAUCCGUUUACAUGCACGCUCGUUCCGCACUCGCUCGCAUCCUACCAAAGGGGGGCCUUGAUUGAGUCCUCUGUGAUUGUCAGGAAAGAGCAACGUAUAACAGCAGCCUUUGCUAUUCAAUAAACUUAUCGUUGAUCUGAAGACAAUACAAGCCCCCCUCCCACAAGAAAAACUGUGCAAAGGCGACUGAUCUGAGGACAGAAACGAUGGCGGAAUCGGGCAGCAGCGCGGUAGCGACUGGAGCCGCGGGCUCGAACAGCAGCGCCGCUGGAGCUGGAGGAGCCGUCGCGCCCGUAGGAGCGAACGGAGGCGCGGGAUCCAAACCUGGCCUGGAAUCGGUGAAGGGACAAAUUUUUGACGUUGGUCCCCGCUACACCGAUCUCCAGUACAUCGGGGAGGGGGCCUACGGGAUGGUCUGCUCAGCUUUUGAUAAUGUGAAUAAGACCCGAGUGGCUAUUAAAAAGAUCAGUCCAUUUGAACACCAGACCUACUGCCAGCGCACCCUGAGAGAGAUCAAAAUCCUGCUGCGGUUCCGUCAUGAGAACAUCAUCGGCAUCAAUGACAUCCUGAGAGCACGGCGCAUUGACUAUAUGAGGGAUGUCUAUAUCGUACAGGACCUGAUGGAGACGGACCUUUACAAAUUGCUGAAGACACAGCAACUCAGCAACGACCACAUCUGCUACUUUUUGUACCAGAUCUUACGAGGGCUGAAAUACAUUCACUCUGCCAAUGUGCUGCAUAGAGACCUAAAGCCCUCAAACCUUCUCAUCAACACCACCUGUGACCUCAAGAUCUGUGAUUUCGGGCUGGCACGGAUAGCUGAUCCUGAGCAUGACCACACUGGGUUCCUCACAGAGUAUGUGGCCACUCGCUGGUACCGUGCUCCUGAGAUCAUGCUCAACUCCAAGGGUUACACUAAGUCCAUUGAUAUUUGGUCUGUGGGUUGCAUCCUGGCGGAGAUGUUGUCAAAUAGACCCAUCUUUCCAGGGAAGCACUAUCUGGACCAGCUCAACCACAUAUUGGGCAUUUUGGGGUCUCCAUCUCAAGAUGAUCUGAAUUGCAUCAUCAACAUGAAGGCCAGGAACUACCUCCAGUCUUUACCCCAGAAACCGAAGAUCCCAUGGAACAAGCUUUUCCCCAAAGCAGACAACAAAGCUCUGGAUUUGUUGGACCGCAUGUUAACCUUUAACCCCAUCAAACGUAUAACCGUGGAAGAAGCACUGGCCCACCCCUACCUGGAGCAGUACUAUGACCCCACUGAUGAGCCGGUGGCUGAGGAACCAUUCAACUUCAAAAUGGAGCUGGACGACCUUCCUAAAGAGAGGCUUAAGGAGCUCAUCUUUGAGGAGACUGCACGCUUCCAGGCCAACUACCAGGGCUCCUGAGAGGGACAGCCAUCACGUGGAUUGAACAAGCAGAGCGGAGUCCGAUAAAGAUAACUCCAGACAACCUGCGAAGACAUAUACAUACAUAUAUACAUAAAAAAGUCAAGAUAAAAAGAGGAAAAAAUACAUGUAAAACUUUCAGCUUUCUUUCACCUGUACAUCUCUGUCGCUGGGAAGCUGUGCGCUAGUUCGGGCAUAUAACCUCUUAUCAUAAUGCCAUUAAUGGGGGCUGUCAGACUCACUAUUGUCAUUGCAUACUGCACACAGCUCCUGCUCUCUGAAACAAUUGCAUCCUUUCUAUCAGUACCCUGCUUCUCCUUCGUUCUUUCUUUCUUUGUCUCUGUUUCUAUCGGUCUCUUUCUCUUUAUGUCUCUCUUGAGGGUGUCUCUAUACUGGUCUGUGUUCCUGGGUGUUUUUGAAUCCAACAGAGAGAAAGAAAGAAAAUCUUUACGAUGGGCACUGGACUGGUAUGUGUGUGUAUAUAAGUGAUUCUGAGUUUCAUUGGAGUAUUGUAAGUUGGAGAUCUGUUUGUACACUGUAAUUUGAAUGUUACGAUCGGUUACAAAUCGUGUUUUGUAAUGUUGGAAAUUUAUAUUUGAAUAUCUUUUGAAGCUAUACUGUUCAUUACUAGUGUUUUUUUUAUUAUUAUUAUUAUUAUUAUUCACUCAAAGACAUGUGAUGUUACAUUUAAAGGACUUUUAUUUUUAUUUUUUUCUAAUGAGAGAAAGAGGUCUUGUUUUGACUCCUUACGAUAAAAAGGCAAGAUAAAAGGAAAGCGAGCAAAACACAGUAUAAUAUCCCGGUUAUCAUCUGCUGUAAAAUAUCAUGUUCUACUGUGGCAAACUGACACUUUCUUGCCAAUGUUUUUGGAAAAUUAAGCCAUCAGUAUCAUUUUUAAUGCCGGCUUCCUCUCUAUUGAUCUGUUAGAUUUCUUCUCGUAUUUGUUCAUCCUGUUGAUUUCAUGGAGGUGUGCAGACCUUCAUCGUGCAUUCUUUUCCCUUUUUGGAGGUUGAUAAAGAUUUCUUUAUGGAUAACAAUAGUUGUCAUUGGUUACCAUGUUCCAUGGCUACUGUUGCCAUGAUUCCUUUUUUAUAAGUCACACAUAGUUCCCCGCAUUCUAGCUUUGUUACCUAGUGCAAAUAUCCGUCCCUUAUGCUACAUACGUCGAGACUGUUCUUUCUUUAGCCUAUUGGUGUAAUUGUUCUGGAUUGAUUGUGGAAUCAUAGCCAAGUUUAACGCUUUCAGAGCCAUAGCACAUUUUUUCCUCAUUCCCUCCCUGUGAUGUCAGAACUUUUCAAAGGGCUUUUCCACAGGGCUUGCUGACCUCAUGCCUCUCUCGCUUGCGAUUGGCUAACCUUGUGUUUAUCUAGUCUCUGAUUGGCUGACUCUGCAUGCAUUGCAUCACAGGUAAAAUCUGACUUCUACUGCUACUUUUGCCUUGAUUCUGUUUUGAGUACGUAAAGUCAUCCUGUUUUUCUGUAGGAAAUCAGUGUUUUUGGCCAAUCUUGGAUUAGGAAAGUAUGAUAAGGCGGAAAGACUUGCUGUUUCACAUCGAUACAGGGUCUGAUUUGCAUAAAUUAGUAAAACGCUUCUAUGUAAAACCCAAUUUAGGCAAGACCCAACAGCAGCAGAGCAGGUUCACCUUGUGAGAGCGCUCUCGCACCUCCAUUUUGUGACAUUUCUCAAUCAGUGCACCUGCACUUUGUGUCUUAUGACCAAAUGUUUUUUUUUUUCGUGCAAUUAUUGCUAUUCCUGUAACCUUUUAGUUUCCUUAUUUCAAUUUCUUUCUACGAUUUCAGCUUUAUCUUUGUUUUCUUUGUUUCACACCCCUCUUAUUCGGGUGAAGUGUAACAGGCAAUGAUGGUUGUGUCCCAUGUCUGAGUCUGUCUUUUUCAACCAGAAGCUGCUUCCUCAUAAGGAGGGGAGAUCCAUCCCAUUCUGUGAACUGAGGGAAACGUUUCAUUACCAAGGAUAAGGUUAUUUAUAUAUUGCUGUAUUGUCUGUGGCAAUGAUAUGCUUAUUAUGAAUGGGACCAUGGGGACUGUCAGCAGUCUUUCACAGAAAUACACUUUUACACACACGUACAUUUAACUGAUAUGCACUCGAAACAUUUACGGAUGUAUUUUUCACGUAUAAACCUGCACGCAUACAGUAUAUGAUUUAAAAAGCCUACGAAGGAGGCAAAUAUCAUUAUGUCCUUUUUAUGGCUGUUAUUAUUAUUGCUGGUGUUAUAUUGGUGAGUUUCUUUUUUUAUUUUAAAAACUAAAAAGGGAUUUAAAACUAUUGUCCUUUUUAAAAGUAUAUUUUGCAUUUUUUCAUAUUUCGCUUUGGGUGUGAAAAAUAAUUGGCUGUUCAUUCUUUCUUAAGCCUAUUUUCCCUGAAUCUUGUAAGGAAUUAUUUUAAUUGAUUAAACAAUAUUGAGUAGAUUGUCGAGACAAAUGAGCUAUGGAUGGUUAUAGUUUAUGUAUAUGCUUAUGGGUAUAAUAAAUUAAACAAUUAACAAAAACAGAAUUAUAUACAUAUAUUAAAUAAAAUUCCUGAUACUGUAAA